CGCCCGGACCAUGGAAACGUUUUGACUUUUUAUCCACAGCAUGGACUAAUUAUAUUUAGUGAAAGUGGGCACUCACCUGUACGUUGCAAUGGAGUCCUUACCAGUGGGAUGGACAGUGCACGCCUGUGAUCAGGAUGGAGAUGGAGCAGGCCUGCUGAAAGGGGGAAAUUCAAGUAGCACAAACCCUCAUGAGCAUGAUCUGUUCCAUGAGGAUGCCCAGCAGUCCAGUCAGCCAUGGUGGAGAAUCAAAAUCUUUGUGUGGGAGCCGCUUCUCUUUGGAACCUGGGAUGGUGUCUUCACCACGUGCAUGAUUAACAUCUUUGGUGUUGUCUUGUUCCUCCGUACUGGCUACUUAGUGGGCAACACAGGUGUGCUGCUCGGGAUGCUUCUGGUGUCCAUGGUGGUUCUAUUUGCUUUGGUCACAGUGAUGUCUGGGAUUGGAGUGUGUGAGUACUGCGGGGUGGGCAGUGGAGGUGUGUACUCCAUGAUCUCCACAGUCCUUGGGGGCAGGGUGGGGGGCACUGUAGGCCUCCUCUAUGUGUUUGGACAGUGUGUCGCCGGAGCCAUGUACAUCACAGGCUUUUCUGAGUCGGUGGCAGACCUGCUGGGUCUUCAGAGCGAGUGGACAGUGCGAGGCAUGUCAGCUGCAGUAUUUCUUGCCCUUCUUGGAAUCAACCUGGCAGGUGUCAAGUGGAUUGUGCGACUCCAACUGCUGUUGCUGGCGGUGCUAGCCGUCUCCACCCUGGACUUUGUCAUUGGCACCUUCACGCACCUUGACCCAGCACAUGGUUUCAUUGGUUAUUCUGUUGGUCUGCUCAGCCGCAACACACUACCUGAUUACAGCCCAGGAGAAAAUUUCUUCACAGUCUUCGGGGUCUUCUUCCCUGCUGCUACAGGUGUUAUGUCAGGCUUCAACAUGAGCUCAGACCUGCAGCGGGCCGAACACAACAUCCCUUUGGGAACACUGACAGCUGUUUUCACCUCGUGGUUCCUGUAUCUGGUCUUUGUCUUCCUCCUUGGGGCCAUAUGUUCCAGAGAAGCUCUGCGCUACGACUUCUUGAUAGCAGAAAAGGUCUCCUUGGUGGGUUUCCUGUUUCUGCUGGGCCUCUACGUGUCCUCCCUGGCUUCCUGCAUGGGCGGCCUUUACGGAGCGCCUAGGAUCCUGCAGUGCAUUGCCCAAGAGAGGGUCAUCCCUGCGCUGGCCUUUCUGAGAAGAGGGAAAGGCCCUAACAAGACUCCUGUGGCAGCGAUCUGUCUGACCAGCCUGCUGAGCAUGGCCUUUGUUUUCAUCGGCCAGGUCAACGUGCUGGCACCCAUCGUCACCAUCAACUUCAUGCUCACCUACAGCUUUAUUGACUACUCCUACUUCUGUGUGGUCAUGAACUUCCAGUUGAAGAACGAAGACAAAAGCACCCAGGCCCGAAGCAGCCAGCGGAGAUUCACCAGACAGACCUCCGAGCCUUUGAUUGAGGUCACUGCUCCUGAAUAUGGCAGCGGAGGAGAAAGUCCACAGAGGAAAGGCACUUUGAUCGAGUUCACCAGGGACAUGGAUCGGAUCUUUCCUUCGACCUCCAAUGGAGUUUCUGGACCUGAGAAAACCUUACAAGGAAGGAGCACAAGCAAGGAAGCCAAGAAGAAGCUAAUGGACAGUUUUGGCUUGGAGCUGAGCAGCAGCGUGUUUGCAGAUGAGCAAGCUCAGCCUCAGAAAGUACCUGAAUUGGGACAAACUCAAGCCUGUCAUGGUGAAAAAGAUCCAUCUUCUGGGCCUCACUGCACAGGUGCUUCACGCUAUAAAUGGUACUCAUUAUCUCUUAACCUUUCAGUCACUGGAGGUAAAGCAGAGCAGCAGGACUUAGAAAUCAAACCCUUGCCCGACUCAGUCUACACAAAGUUUAGCAACCACUGGAUAGCUCUUAUAGGUGCGUUGAGCUCCCUGUUGAUCAUGUUUGUUAUUCAGUGGGUUUAUGCACUAGCAAACAUACUCGUUGCCCUGCUGCUCUUCUUCUACAUUGGUAAAACCAGCCCAGGACUACACAAAGGUGUGGCGGCUCGAUACAGUUUUGUCAUGUGGCUCAAAUCAACAUUAAACAGCAUUUGGAGGAGGAGGGCGUCUCCCAGAGAUGAGAUCGUAGUGACACCAUCUCUGUCGGGGGUCGGCCUGAAAACUAAGCAGCUGACGGAGGAAAAUGCUGACUUUGCGUCUCGCAACCGCUACCACCGGUCAUCGUUCAUCAAGAGGGAUGAGAUAGUGCAACCGCCACAUGGGUGACUCAAGCACUACCUCUAUCAAUGUAAAUGUGAUCGCCCACUUUUCCAGCAGUGGUUAUUGGAAAGCGACUCAAUUGUAUUGCACUGUGUGUGUGUUUGUUUAGCAGUGCGAGAGACACUGCAUAUCUCGGACUUUGUCAUAUAAAAGUUGAAUCGAGCUAAAGUACAA